AACACUGGCUGCAUGUUAUCCGUGUUAUCAAAUUUCCUCUUUUUCCUUCGAUUUCUCAAUGAAAAUUGAUUUUAUUCCCCAAAAUUGCUGGAAAUUAAGCAAAAAAUAAAGUUUUGUGGUGGAAUAGUUCAAAAUGAAUAGCAUUGGGGAGAAUUGCAAUGAACUGAAGCGUUCAUAUGAUGCUUGCUUCAACAAUUGGUUUGCAGACAAGUUCCUGAAAGGAAGUUUAGAUGAAUCCCAGUGUGAGCCUCUCUUUAAAGUUUAUCAGCAAUGUGUGAAGAAUGCAAUGAAGGAGCAGCAAAUUGAAAUUGGGGAGGUUGAAGAGGACCAUUUAGGAUCAGACAAGGAGUACAAACCACCACCAGGAAGUUCUCAGAGUUGACAAACAUUCUGGUACCUGCCCUGCUUGAGCCGCUACACUAGAAGAACCGAAUAGAGUAAUUUCUAGUCCAACUUCCACGCUUCCUGGCAUAGUUAUUCAUUCCUUGUGGAAGUUCCGUUGCAUUGUGUUUUGUGGAGUACAAGCGAA